AUGCAGUGCCAGUCAAGCGCACUGAGGUCACCGAGCUGUGGAGGAAGAAGGCAACUAAUUGCAACGCAACGGCGCAGCAGCGGCACCGCUAUUCAGCGAAUCGCCUUGCUGCUGCUGCUGCUACUACAACUGCAGUUGCGACAAGUGACGGAACGAGCAGCGUUUGGUGCGGGGCCAGAAUCGGUGCGCCUGCGCCCAGAGAGAGAUCGAAGCGGUACGCGCAGAGCAGCUCGUCGAAUUUAG